AUGGCGCACCACAUCCUUCUCAUUGGCGGCCACGGCAAAGUUGCCCAACUCCUCACACCACUCCUUUUGGCCAGAUCAUGGAACGUGACUAGUAUGAUACGUACUGCUUCUCAAAAAUCUGCGAUCGAGAAGCUGGGACAAGGACAGCCCGGAAAGUUGGACGUGCUGGUCAGCAGUGUGGCUGAUGUCAAGAACGAAGGGGAUGCGAAGAGCAUCUUGGAGCAGGUCAAGCCUGAUUGGGUUGUCUGGAGCGCUGGAGCUGGUGGCAAGGGCGGCGCGGAGAUGACGUUUGCAGUCGACCGCGACGCAGCUAUUGCAUUCACAAAAGCCAGCAUCCACACACCUUCUGUCAAGAAAUUCUUGACUGUAUCUUACCUCUCUUCCCGUCGUGGACGCGCACCCUGGUGGAACGACGAGGACUGGAAGGCGGCACAAAAGGUCAACACGGAGAUCUUGCCGAACUACUUCAAAGCCAAGGUUGCAGCUGACGAGGUCCUCACUGUUCUUUCUCAGGAUCGAGUAGCCAAGGAGGAGAAAGAUGAUGUUCCCGCUAAUGAGCGCUUCUGUGGAAUCAGCUUAAGGCCUGGUACACUGACAGAGGAACCGGCGGGCAAGGUGAAGAUGGGAAAGAUUGGAGCGGGUGGCAAGACGAGCCGUGCGACGGUUGCGGAGAGCGUGGUCGGUGUCUUGGAAGCUGAAGGGGCAAGGGGCUGGGUCGAUGUUAUCGAUGGGGAUGAAGGGAUCAAGGAAGCAGUAGCAAAGUAUGUCAAGGAGGGCCAGGACGCUGUUGAGGGCGAAGACCUCGGGGAGAUGAAGGAGAGGGUUGAGAAGUUAUGA